CUUCGCUCCAUACACUUUGUUCCAGCGUACAGAAAUUCGAUAGCAAAUUUCAGUCCCCGCUGCGAAGGAAGGAGACGUUUUUUUACGGACGGGUCCUAUUUUCACAAUGUUCGCUCGUGCAUCGCAGCCAACGUAGUUUUUAGGAUCGGGUAAAAUAGUGUAGAAUCGUGUAAAAUAGAGGAAAACGAGGGGGCGGCGCACAUCAACCGGGGGGUCUUUAGUAGUAGCGAAAUUAGGCGUCAUCGUUUGCGAGUGUAUAAAGUGUGUAAAGUGAAACGUAUGAAAAAGUGGCAGCCGCUGCAUUACACUUAAUCCUUAGUGUACCAGAAGGUUAACGCCGUUGUUAAGUUAUAAGCCUAGAUAAAUGAAUGUACCCCGGCAACUGGAAAUCAUCAAGUAUUCCACGUCGACGGCAUGUAAAUUUACAAUCCUAGAGUGCAUUUCAUGAUUUCACUGCGACUAGUGUAAUUUCCCCGUGCGUGUGUGUGAGUGAGUGAGAGUAUUCGAGAUUCGCCAGCAAAAGUGAACGAUCGAAUCAUUUGCUAGCAGAGUACCGGGAAGCAACCACUUCCGUAGUUUUGGUUCGGUAGCUGUGUUAAAAAGUAUAAACGUAUCCCCAAAUACAACACACCAACACACACACACCAUCAGCAAGUAAUUUUGUGUGGUAAAUAAGGGUCGUAGUAAGCAACGGCGAUGGCUACCGGGGAUACGGCCGCUAUCGAUACGAUCGACGUCGAGUCGGCCCUAUCUACGAAAAACUCCGAAUUUACCGGCAGCAGCAAGGAUCAGCAAAUAGAGCUAGACGAAUAUGGGAAAUUCAUCAAAGAUACACCGGGAAAAUUCAUCAUGGCAGACGGGAUGUCCGGCGAACAGUCAUUGGCUCCGCGGCCUCACCGGCCCAAGUCGGACAAGGAGCGCAAAAUCGGCCAUCGGCGGGUUGGCGAGGGUGGCGAAAUUACGUACAAGAAGAUCCAAACCACCACGAUUAUGGGUUCGAUUCAGCUCGGCAUCCAGCAUACGGUUGGCAGCUUGGCAUCGAAACCGCGGCGUGAUCUACUGAUGAUGGACUUCUGGGAGCUGGAAACGAUAUCCUUCCCACCGGAAGGUUCCAGCAUGACACCCGCGCACCACUACAGCGAGUUUAAGUUUAAAAUUUACGCUCCAAUUGCGUUUCGGUACUUUCGCGACCUGUUCGGCAUACAGCCGGACGAUUUUAUGAUGUCUAUGUGUUCAGCCCCGUUGCGGGAACUGUCGAAUCCGGGUGCGUCCGGUUCGAUCUUCUAUCUGACGGACGACGAUGAGUUUAUCAUUAAAACUGUGCAACACAAAGAGGGAGAGUUUUUGCAGAAAUUGUUACCAGGGUACUAUAUGAAUCUAAAUCAAAAUCCCCGCACGCUGUUACCGAAGUUUUUCGGCCUGUACUGCUACCAGUGCAAUAGUAAAAACGUUCGAUUAGUCGCUAUGAACAACUUGCUUCCCUCUUACGUAAAGAUGCACCUCAAAUACGAUCUCAAGGGUUCGACGUACAAACGGAAGGCCAACAAAGCGGAACGAUCGAAAUCGUCGCCCACGUACAAGGAUCUGGACUUUAUGGAGCAUCACCCGAACGGGUUGUUUCUGGAGGCGGAAACUUACAGUGCACUGAUCAAAACGAUCCAGCGGGACUGUCGGGUGCUUGAGUCGUUUAAAAUCAUGGACUACUCGCUGCUCGUUGGCAUUCACAAUCUCGACCUAGCGGUAAAGGAGAAGCAGGAGGCGGCGGCCAAGGCACGAUCCGAAGGUGAAUCGGACUACGAAGAUGCACCGGAAGCGGACCAGUACAUGGUACAGGAACGGGAAGAACAGCGAACGACAGCCCUAAACAGAAGCAGGCACACAACGUAUGGAAAGAUGCUGAUUAGGUCCAUCAACCGGCAAAGGCUUGUUGCGCAUUCGACAGCAAUGGAAAGUAUUCAGGCCGAAAGUGAACCGAUCGAUGAAGAGGAUGAUGUCCCUCCCGGUGGUAUACCUGCGCGCAGUGAGAAGGGCGAACGGCUAUUACUGUUCAUCGGUAUCAUUGAUAUUUUGCAGUCGUACCGGUUAAGGAAAAAGCUAGAGCACACGUGGAAAAGUAUUAUUCACGAUGGUGAUACCGUGUCGGUGCAUCGGCCUUCCUUCUAUGCACAACGCUUUCAGGAUUUCAUGGCCAAAACUGUUUUCAAGAAAAUUCCUUCACUGGAUCUGCCCGAGAUCAAGGGCAAUCAUAGAAAAUUUCGCACGUUGGUCACCAGCUACAUAGCGCUAAAACACUCACCAUCCAAGAGAAAAAGUUUAUCGAAAGCCGCACAGAGAGCAAAAAAUGAAGAAACAGAUAGUCAACCCGUAGCCGGCAGCUCCCAUCAGCAUCAUCACCAAAACCAACAGUUCAACCCGUCACAGACGCAUUUCAAUCAGCAGACUACGGGGACUCCCAAAUCAGAUGUCGAUACUUCGUCGAGUGUGCAUACGGCGGCAACGAUCACGACCACGUCUAGUAGCAGUGCGGGUGCAGGCGGUAAUGGCAAACCGGUGGCCGGCGGUCUUGGUUCUGGAGCGACCCGAGCUGCGGCCGGUGGUGCGUCCGUCACGCCCACCAACAUGCCACCGCUAAAAAAGAAAACGACCGUCGUAAAGCAAAGCGUUCCGCCACCGGUUCCACCGCGCGGUUCGCCAAAGUUCAACAAGACGGGUGGGUCGGGACGGCCCGGUGGUACCUCCGGUUCGCUACCCAGCCAGUCCAGUGGGCAUCGGGGACGAUCCAGUGCAGGCACAUCUCCUUCCUGUUCUUCCACUCCUCCUCCCGCUUUUGACGACAUCUCCGAGCACGGUAGCAGUAGCCAUCGACACUCGUCGGAUGAUAAAACGGGCAGCAGCAGCGGAAUCGGCAGUGCCGGCGCCAGCGGCAUCGGAGGCAACGGGCACGGUGGUGGCGACGGUGUCGGCCUCGGCGGCGGCGGCUCCGUCGAUCGGCGGAGCACUUCCUGUCGCAGUGAUAACUACAAAGAAGACUCAAUAAGUAUAUCAGAAAUAAGAUUAGAAAGUCAUUUAGCAGUCGAAUCAUCAUCCAAUAGCAAUUACGGCUCGCGGGGGGCCCUAGCGUCGGUCGAAGGAUCGACCCCAACGUGGACUGAAGGAACGCCCAGCUUUACGGAUUCGAGCUCGAGCGGUGAUAUUGGAACAUUCUCAGGCCAUUCCUCUCCGAUGUCGGACCGGGAUCGCCACAAGCCCACUGUCGAGAAGGCGCUAAAUUCGCUCACAUCGGAAAUGGAAAAUUUACGAUAUCAAGUAGAUUACGAUUACAACUAAGCGGGUAUCGCACUGGGCUCGCUAUGGUGACUUUGUCAGUGGUGAUUAGUGAGACCGGAAAGUGUAACGUGUGAAGCAAGCGAACAACCGAUCCCUCCACCGAGUGGGAAAACUCGGUGAAAACACAACGGAACGAGAGACUGUAAAUAUGUAUCAAAAAAACUCCCCAUUUCAGUUUAGUUCAUUCGGGAAGGCUCCGUAACUCCACGGUCGGAGUACGCGAUAAUACGCACGAAUAGAAAGAGGAAAUCAAAAUCAUAAAAAACAAUUAGACUCUAGGCUGUAAGCGUUAUAUCACGUUAGAACGUUCGAUACUUGAUUCUUUUACCCACGGCCUUCAAAAAGACACGGGGAGACAGAAUGAGCCAUAGAACCAUUAGGUGUGUGGUACCGCUCGUCGAUCCCGGUUCAGGCAGUUUAUUGACGCUUUCCCAGAUAUGUUUGAGAUCCGGCCCAUAGUUUACUGAAGCUAUUUCCUAGCUAUUUUUGACAUCGUUCUAUUUCGAGGAUAUUAUUUUUUACUUAAGAAAAAUGGCUCCAAACGAUUUUUUUUCGAAAAGUAUGCUUUUAAAGUUUCUUUUCAAACGACUUUUCAAAAGCGUUCAGAAGCGUUCAAUUCCAAAAUUAAACCACGGGACAGCGUCAAUAAAUUGUGUGGUGGAUUCAAAAACCGAGUUUGAGAAUGUGUCAGAAAACUUUGAAAACCACUGCAUUAAUCUUAUCCCUCGUACCAUUUCAAUAUUGUUACACUAGUAUGACACCGUAUAUGCAAUUCAACCUCGUUAACCCUUCUCAACACGCGAAAACAAACAUUCAACUCCGCAAAAUUCCAACUCAACAAUGGAAAAUGGCUAAUUGGUGAAGCUGUUUUUGGCACAAUGUUUUAAUUGAUUGUUAUUGAUUCUAAUCAAUGGUGAUCCGGUGGUCGAGAGGCUUGCGACGCAUGUCUUCCCACGGCAGGACCGGGGAUGAAAUUUAACCCAGACCGCCUCCCCGUAGGCAGGUCUGACUACAGGAUCCAGCUACGGGGAAAAAAAAAAUCAAGUCUAAGAAAUCCAGAGAUGGAAGUCUAUAACCAAGCUGCUUGAUUGCUCCGUCAACUAGCCAUUUUGCAUUGUCGGGAAUUUACGGAGUUGAAAGUCUGUUUUCCGAUGUUGAAAAGAGGGUUAACGGGGUUGAAUUACAUACGAUGUCGGAUUAGCGUUUUACGCUGCUGACAUGUGUGUGUUACAAUGUUGAACUAGCCUGAGAAACCCUGCAAUCUAAUCUACAGUGCUUCCAUUUGCUUUUAUUUUAAUUUUAAAAAUAUCCUUUCAUAAUCGAAUUCAUAAUUUUGAUCCUUUUCAUAAUCGUGCCCUGUAUGCACCACAUGCCGGCAACAAUAAAACAAAAAUGGCGGACAGGAGCGACCUAUCAGAAACCCAGCAAGUCACAACUGCCUUUACUGAAUCCCUAGCUAUUGUUAUAACUUCAUGUAGCACGCAUAGAUUUCUCUCUCUCUCUCUCUCGUUACUUGCUUUCCUCAUUUCCUCCAACGCCUUAAUCAAUCCAACGAAAUCCAAAAGGAAAGUGCGUUCGAGAAUACAAACGUCUUAGCCCCCAGAGGAGGGAGGUUUGAUUUGAUUAAACGAGAAACGGAACAAAUUCCGCCUAACCCGUAACGUAAGAUUUGUGUUUAGAAUUGCAAAGAAAAAAAAACAAGCUACGUUGAAAGGGCCUAUAAAUAUGUGUCUGGCGAGAGACGGUGAGCAUAAGCCGACUAGGAAAGAAAAAACGGAACGGAGUUUUGUCAACAUAUUUUUUCAGUUUCCCACGGGUAUUUUUGUCUAUAUAAUUAUUGAAGUUGUAAAGCUUAUUUUGUGAUCUAUUUAAAUUCUAUUCUAAGCGAAGAGGAAUAAUAUGCGAGUGUUAGAAGGCGUCGGCGUCGAAAUGGGGGGAGCAUAUGUCGAAAAAAACAACAAUAACUACAUAUAAAGCUAAAGUAUAAGAUAUGUACAAUAAGAAACGCUCGAAACGGAAAGCGAUGUUAAAAGCAGUUAAACGCAUUUAGUCCAUAUGGCCCCGUCUUGUUCCCGCCCCCCGCAUUUCCUCGGCACACAUACACAUUUCAGCUGCACACCCACUAAUUAGAGAGUGUGUACAUACGUAUAUGCAUAAACAUAAAUAUAUCAUCUAUUGUAAAGUUAUCAUCAUCGAAAGGAAACAAUCGAAGCUCCCAAAAAGUAAGAAAGUUAAGCGUUAUCCAAACAGUUACACACCACACAAAAAAAAACGAACACGAUAAUGACAAAUAAGGCGCGCGCGCGUAUUGUUAAAAGGCAAAGCUGGUUAUAACAAUCCGAAUAAUUCUGUUCUGCGUUGUAGUUUACGGGAUGUGUGUACCGCGUGCAGGAGUGAGAUUUCAUGAGCAAUUUCUUGUUUAAUGUAGGCAUUUAAAUUUUGGCCUGUUUUCAAAUUCGAAUCCCACACCCCAUGUAGUAGAUUCCGGGGAUCAUCUGUAUAAUCAAAACAUAAUAUCAACGUCGGGCGUCGUGUGCGUGUUAAAGUUCGUGUAUCGGGCUUUAAAAGAAAUUAAAUAUUAAUUAUAUUCACCUGUUCCUUCUCCUCCCCCCCCCCCCCCUCAUCCCGGACACCUCGUCGAUCCGUGGCCGCGUAUAUAGACUAAAGUAUAUUAAAUCGUAACCUUAACCGGCAAGCAGCUAUAGAUAGAUAGUAAAACCAAGACAAAAUCACUCCCCCAUAUGUAAAUCAAAUCCCCGAACACACCCGAACCGGUGGGAAACACGUUAAAUGUGAAGUGUACUGAUGAUCGUCUCCACAGUUGAGAUUUAUCGUCUUUACAACUCACAAUACACACUAACCGUCGUAGCUGUAUGGUGACGAUCAUACAUGGAUAAUGAUGAAACGGGAGCAGAGGAAAGCAAACCAACACGGGAACAUCUUUAACCAAUAUACUACAAAACCACUGGCAAUAAUUUAUCCAAACGUGGAAAAUGCAAUAAUCAAAGCAAGUCAGUUUAUCCUGUCUCCGUUGGUAACCAUCGUUCGGUUAGCGGUGGACAUAGUAACAAGCAAGAAAAUGCCAAUAUUAUCAACCCUCCGAAUGAAUCGUGGCGGAACGCAGCAACAGCAACUAACCUCUCUGUACACACAAACACACACUCAAACUAUAUACCAAACUAUUAAGAAAACGGCUCAAUCUCAUCACAAUCUCGUAGCUACUGGUGGUUCAAACGCAAUGCCGGACACCUUGAAAUCGAACCAAUUGGACUGCUGGGUGGCAUAACUGUUCGGAAUAUAUAAUUUAUCACAGUUUAAGCGUAAUAUUAUGAAAAAUGUGUUACAACACAACACUCGGAAACUAGUCCCAGCAAUAGAAGAGAUUUUGCAGAAAAACGAAAGCCUGAUUUUUCAUUCUUUACCGCGUACAAUUCUUUUACCAGAAAGUUCAACCGUUUGUUCGAUUUCAAGUUGUUCACGUUGGGUGCGUUGGAUGACAGUGUAAAACAUUCGACUACUACUACUACAUCAUCGUUGUAAGCCCAUCACUCGAAUCCUUUGACGUAAGGACCGAUACAGUUAAAGCCAUGUACGUAUUUAGCCGUAAAGCGUGUUGAUGCAUAUAUAUACAUAUACAUAUAGCGUGAUUGCAAAAAUCAAACACACAUAUUAGGUCGCGAAAGUGAGGGCGAGCAAGCGUUGUCGUUUAAGCGUCAUUCAAUGAUACAUAUAUGGGGGAGAAGGAGAAAGAAUACAACUACGGAUGAACUGAAUGCAACAAUCGGCGGAUAUUGAGGGAUAAUUGGGGGCAAGUGGAGAUAGCGGAAGGUCGAUUACCCGUUGGAAAUGAUGCAUAUAAUAAAGGGAAAACAAUACAAGCGAAAUUCAAAAUAUUAAAAACAAACGCGUGCA